GGCCUGCGCGCCGGCUUCGGGGCCUCGGGGGCGCUUCCCGCGCGCGCGCGCGCCAUGAAGCUGCUGCGGCGGGCGUGGCGGCACCGGACGGCGCUGGGCCUAGGCGGCCUGGCGCUCUGCGGCGCCGGGCUGCUCUACCUGGCCCGCUGCGCCGCCGACGGCCCCCGCCCGCCUCCCGGCCGCAGCCCCCCGCCCGCCGAGCCCGCGCGCGCCGCCGCCUUCCUGGCCGUGCUGGUGGCCAGCGCGCCGCGGGCGGCCGAGCGGCGCAGCGUGGUCCGCGGCACGUGGCUGGCGGCGGCGCGGCGCGGCAGCCCGGGCGACGUGUGGGCGCGCUUCGCGGUGGGCACGGGCGGCCUGGGCGCCGAGGAGCGGCGCGCCCUGGAGCGCGAGCAGGCGCGGCACGGCGACCUGCUGCUGCUGCCCGCGCUGCGCGACGCGUACGAGAACCUCACGGCCAAGGUGCUGGCCAUGCUGGCCUGGCUGGACGAGCACGUGGCCUUCGAGUUCGUGCUCAAGGCGGACGACGACUCGUUCGCGCGGCUGGACGCGCUGCUGGCAGAGCUGCGGGCGCGCGACCCCGCGCGUCGCCGCCGCCUCUACUGGGGCUUCUUUUCGGGCCGCGGCCGCGUCAAGCCGGGGGGCCGCUGGCGCGAGGCCGCCUGGCAGCUGUGUGACUACUACCUGCCCUACGCGCUGGGCGGCGGCUACGUGCUCUCCGCCGACCUGGUGCACUACCUGCGCCUCAGCCGGGAGUACCUGCGCGCGUGGCACAGCGAGGACGUGUCGCUGGGCGCCUGGCUGGCGCCGGUGGACGUCCAGCGUGAGCACGACCCGCGCUUCGACACCGAGUACAAGUCCCGCGGCUGCAGCAACCAGUACCUGGUGACGCACAAGCAGAGCCUGGAGGACAUGCUGGAGAAGCACCAGACGCUGGCACGGGAGGGCCGCCUGUGCAAGCAAGAGGUGCAGCUGCGCCUGUCCUACGUCUACGACUGGUCGGCGCCUCCGUCGCAGUGCUGCCAGAGGAAGGAGGGCAUCCCCUGAGCCGCAGCCGCAG